UCGCCGCGCUCACCUCGGCGUCGUCAGAGUUGCGGUGUCCACGUUCGUCGGCAGUUGUACAUUAUACACAUUCAGAUAUUCGUAACGAAAAAAAACGCGUGAUUUUAUAAUUCAUCCACAUACACCUAAAGAAAUUAAUAUAUUUUACUUAAAUAAUAUAAAAUAAACGUGUUUUUCUUUUAAAAUACAACAGUUGUGUAGUGUUUAAAUAAAAAUUUUGUUUGUGACAAAUUUGAGGCCAGUGGUGCCGAAAUUCUCGGAAAAAAGGCAAAAUUUUAAGCAUUUGGAUACCUCUACGCAAGUAACUCAACUGGUGGUUGGUUUUAAAGUGCCUCCUGUGUUUGCCUGUGUGUGGUUCAUCUCAAGGCUGCGUGUUGUGUAAAAGAACGGACGAGUGCGUGCGGUUCGGGGUUACUACACUACACCACCAUCUUGUGAUCUCACUUACCGUAGUAGAGUAGCGAGAUGCGUUCCCAUGCCGCAUGCCAGCGCUAGUUCGCUGCCCUACUGCGACCACUACUUCUUCUUCUUCACCCAGAAGAAGACAACGCACGCGAGAUGACCGCUGCAAGGUGUGCCGAUGAAAGCCAACGGUGAGACAAGGCUGGAUCCCAGCAUGGAGAAGAAAGCCUCGCUGCACAACGCAACGGUUGUCACCACCACAACAGUGGACAUGGAUGGCAUACCGAAACAUCAACACAACACUCCACCACAAUAUCUACGCUAUAUGCAGCAGGGGUUGAAAAUACCAAACAACCAACUACAACAACAACAUCUGAGGCAGUCUCCGAUGAUCCAUCAACAUGUCCAUCAACCUUAUAUGAAUAAACCACCGGGGAACUUGUACAACACUGCGAAUAUUCAUACAAAUCCGCUGCACGUGCAUUACAACAACCAGUACAUCUAUCAACAGAACAAACUCAAACAACAUCAGCAACAGUUGUCUCCCUUAUCCCCGAUUUAUCAAACUCAUCAACAUGCUACAACCUAUCAACAUAAUCCGAAUCUUACACCGCAACCAUGGGUUCCACCUCAUUCCAGUGUCAAUGCGGUGUAUCAGUCUCAGAAUCAGAUCAAGUCUGAACCUGGGACUCCUACUACUACAACUAGUUCUACUAAUACGAUGAAUACCAAUAUGAAUUUGAAUACGAGUAAUACCACCCCGGUGCAUAAUAAACACCGGGAGUUGGAGAGGAGGAAGUCUGGAGGGCAUACGCAGUUGAGGUCACCUUCAGCGAAACGUCCCAGUGAUGCUCCGGUUACGUUGCAGGGGUGGUUGCAUAAGCAAGGGUCGGAUGGGUUGAUGUUGUGGAAGAAGAGGUGGUUUGUGCUUUCGGAAUAUGUUUUGUUUUAUUAUAAAGGUCCAGAAGAAGAAAAAUUACUGGGAUCUGUCCUACUGCCAUCGUAUAGAGUGUCUAUUUGUGGUCCAGAGGAUAGAGCAAACCGGAAGUUUGCUUUCAAAUGUGAACAUACCAACAUGCGGACCUAUGUGCUUGCAGCUGAUACUCAGGAGUUGAUGAUGCAAUGGGCCCGAGCGCUUAACCUCGCUAGUUUACUCCAGAGCAACAUUGAGUCUGAUUCUUCUUUAAACACUCCAUCUUCAUACAAUCCACUCAAUGAAACAAUUGAAUCCAACUAUAGUCACAACCCAAUCAUCCAACAACAACCACAACCUCAGUCCCAAGCUCAAAUUAUGCGUCUACCACUCCACGCGCAUUCAUCAAGCAACACGACCGAGUUUAGCAAUCCGAGCCAGGAUCUCAAUCACCACAUGAAUCUGAGUCAGUAUAAUCAGCCGCUGUACGCGAACGCACCUCCCAAACCACGCCGGCUUAAUGACACCGGAUAUUCCUCGCCGAGUCCCGACACGCUCGAGCGCUACAAUGAACCGAAAUAUGUCACUCUACAACCACCUGCGUACCUGCGCAACAUGUCAAAGUCUAACUCCGUAUACAGUCAAGACAGUGUUUAUAAUCAAGAGUAUCAAGGUCAACAACAACAACACCAACAACUGCAGCAGUAUAUCGCACAGAAUACCGAACGUCGCACGCCGGAUACCUAUGGGAGGUCCAAGACGCACAUGUUGAAUGGCACCGCACAAAAUGGCCGCCAUCCAUCGGAUUAUGAAGAUAUCUAUGCGGAGCAAUACAUGUAUAAGAGACCUUUGAGUCCCUUGGCGUAUAAUAAGUCGAUAUCUAUUACUACUCCCAUGACUCCUAUCCAAAGAUCAUAUACACCUAUGUCUAUUACCAGGAGUGAUUCCAGAGAGGUUAGAAAGUCUCCGAAUUCAGUUCCACGACCGCAUAGUGCUGAUUUUUUAGAAUAUGAAGCUACACAUAGAUUGAAUCAGGCUAUGAGUGUUAAUCCACAACCAGCCCGGCCCAAAUCCAGCCUGGAUAUCAACCGUAACGGAGAUAAUUAUUUCUACUCCGAGGAGAGAUAUGCAGAAAAAAUGAGAAAAAGCGCGCAGUAUUUGUCCAAGUUACCAGGGAAAUACAGCACACCUCCAAGGAGAUCACAUGAAAUCCAAGCGGAUAAUACUUUUCCUCUGAUGAGGUCCAAUACACAACCCUUGAAUUAUGCUACAACCCCUGUUGAGUAUUCUUCAACUCGUAGGGAGUCUCUACCUCUACAACCGACGAGAUGUAGAAGUGUUUUGAGUGAAGGAUCUAUUUCAAAGGAGUUAGAUGGAGAAUUAUAUGGUAGUCAAUAUAAAGAACUCCCCAACGCACAAACAGACCAUCUCUAUGGUCAUCGUUAUGAUCACUUGAGAGAAUACGACCCGUUUACACGCUCUGCAAGCGCUCGACUUGCCAACAUCGAGCAGCGACUGCAAGGCGACGGUCGAGCGAGCAUGAACAAAGAAGGUGAAAGAAAGAGAGAAGAAUCGAUGAAACGCCUCCUGGAAUGGAAGCAGCGGAUGUUGCAGAGUCCACUCAACAGGAAGGUGAAUCAGAAUGUGAACAAAACCUACAGUAAACCGGAAUAUUACAAACGUGCGAGUAGUUAUGCUCGGCAUGUUGAUGGGCGGUCAGCUAUGGGUCAAUACAACAGCUAUUCGUCGGAUGAUGAAGAUAAAUCCGGGCAGAUCGAUAAGAAGAACGUCUACGAAUCGGACACCCUCAAGAGAUUGAAAGUGCCAGACAUGCAGAACCCACAACAGAGGAAUGUUUAUCCUUCAAAAAAAGAUGAGAAAUUUGUUUCGGAUGAGGAUGGGAUUGUUAGAAGGACACACAGUUUAGAAGGGUUAUUAGAGAAUGUCCUUGGGGAUAGUGAACAACAGAUAGACCCUAAUGAAGGGAGUUAUCUUUGGGAAGAGGAUUCUAUCUGGAGGGAGAGAUUAAGAGAUGCCAGUCAAAGACAUACAAAAAGUCUAGAUGACUUAGACUGUGUGGGGAUAGCGAAUGUAACAAAUUCCAAAAUGGCCACGUCUCCCAAAGAGCCCAAAAGCAAAAAACCAUCUAGAGCUAUCACCAGAGAUGUGGUCUAUGUCAAUGACACUGUAUACAACAUGCCGGUACAAGAGAAAUUCGCUAAACAACCACCAGAACAAAGUUUGAGUACUACUAGUACAAGCACAAAACAAAAUGCCGGAUCAAAAUCAGCUUCGUUUAUAAUAGAUCGAGAGAAACUCCGUCAGUGGGACUUGAUGUCAUCCGCGUCGUCAGCGGGUGCGCGUGCGACCGCCUCGGCGGAGGUGGAGUUUGUUGGCGGCGGUGGUGACGGAAACAGAGCGUCGCAGCCGGUGGCCCAAGAAGCAGCUUCAGGUUCGCUCUCGAUGGGCAUGCAUAACAUGGCGGCCAUGCAACGUGACUAUCAACAGCACCAAUCGAGAUCCACCUCUAACCUACAUCGAAGUUAUGACAGUGAUUAUACUAUUUGGCAGGAUUAUUAUCUCAGUCCUGCACCGAGUCAACAAAACAUCGAAGCGGAAAACCGGAAGACGCCUUGGAAUGCAAAAGUAAAGUUAUCAGCUGGUGACCUCCUGGGUCGUACCCACGAGGAGCUCGUCCUCCUCCUGAUUCAAUUGCGCCGACAGAGCACGAAUAUUUGCCAUGCGAUCGAAGCGGGUUAUAAUGAAAUUGACAGUAUACAGGCCCAAUUGCACUUGAUGGAUGCCGCUAAACGCAUGGAAAGUCUUCAGAAACUGGAAGCAAUCAAACAACAUCUUCUAGACUUAGAAAAACAGUACGAGAAAGGGAAACCCAUGGUGAAUCUGGUUGAUAAUAUGGUUAAACUUGGUUCGUUGUACAAGUUCCCCAGCUCAGAUAGAUCUAGUAGUUAUACCACGAGAGAUAGAAUUGAGUUUAACCAACAGAUGCAAGAGAAGAAACUCCUGGAUGACGAAAGACGUGAUUGGAACCGUAUUAAUUCAAGUCACCUGCAACUACAGGAGAAGGUCCAACAGUUAUAUGAGUUGGAUCAAUUGAUCCAGGAAGGUUCAGGUACCCUACAAGGUCUUCAACAAGAUAAAGAGGAUAUUGAAAGAGCUCUUGGAGGGAUUCGUAGUAGACUAAUGCAGGGUUACAAUGAUCCAGAGAUUAUCGAGAAAGCUAAGAAGCAACAGUCUAUUUUAGAGAAUGAACUCAGUAGAGUACACCUAAUGCUCGCACAGAACUCCAAACAGUUAGAGGAGACUGUCGCGGGUAAUGCUAGAUUGGAACAGGAGUUAUUGGUCCUGAGACAGAAACUCCAAGCAUCCAAACAGAACCAAAACAGGUCCUCACCACAGUUUUCCAACCCAGGUGAUAGCCUGACUUGUGGGAUAGGUAAUAUUGGUAACAGUAAUGGUCUAAUGGAAUCUGACCUUCAAAAAGUCCAACAAAAAGUCGGGGAUCUUCAAAAACAACGACAAGAGUUGAGUUUGCAGGUGAGACAACUCACAGACAGGUCUAGUAUUCCCAUGAAGUCAUUUGAUGGUAAAAAGAGGAUCCACUCCGGAUGGAGGGAGACAGACCUUGAUACAAUGUACAUCAGAGAUCAUGGUGAAUCAAAUUGGGAGAGUAAUUCAUCCAUACCAUCAUCAAUGUCUCCAUUGUACAUUCGUACAGAUCUCAAAGGACAAGGACCAGUUCAAAAUCAAAUUCAAAAUAAUCCCCAGGAAGACAUCUAUGGUGGGACCACACCAGUUGAUGAUUACUCCACCAAUCAUCAGUUUACAAUGCCACUGCCACAAGAGAAACCCGAAAUCAAAACCGUGCGUAUUGUCAAACGUGAAUCCGAACGUCGGCAUCGUGAUCGUGACCGUGACAAGGUCACACCGAGUGGUCCAAGUGGUCCAAACAAAUACGACGCUUUAAUCGAAGAUGAUUUCUAUGUCACUUCAAGCCCAACUAGACCUACAACCCUAAGCGUGCAGAAAGCAACCAGUAGCACAAACCUAACCUAUCCGGAAGAUAACCUAAGCCGAACCAGUUCAACACCCAGUAUAUCUCAAUACGAGAAAGAUGCUUCACCUGUAUUGUCUCCAGUGUUUAAAAGUGAAGCCGCAAGGCAGAUAAUCACUGAAAUCGGCCAGGAAACACCUAAGAAUAAAAACCGUCGAGCUGUUCCCAUAGAAAAACGCCGCCAUUACACAGCCCCACAUAAUAACCUCAUCCGAAAGAGUUUCAAUCAACUGCCUACAACUGACGAUGACACUUUUAACAAAGCAGUAUUGGAAACACGACGUGCAAGAGAUGAUUUAGACAUGGAAAGAGCCUUGAGGCAACGUAUAGAUGCACCUGAUGUAGUACGAAGUACUUUAAGCAGUAAAGAACUUAAAUAUACUGAGAAUACUAUUGAUAACUUAUUUGGUGCACCAAAUAAGAUUUUUAUUCCCGAGAGGUACAUACCCGAACAAACUCCGCAGUUGUCCGCUGAAGAAGAAGAGCACAGAUUGAGGAAAGUCGAAUCCAUCAAGAAGAUGCUCUCGGAUACUACUAUUCUAAGCACUAGCACUGCCAAUUUGGCUAAUGGAGAUGAAGGUGAGACUUCUACUGCUGCUGCAAGUACCACAACCAAAGCCACAACGAAGAUGAUCGAAGAGAAGAAGCAGCGUGAGCAUCUCUUGCAGUUGAAUCAGAUCCUCGCGAAGCAAGUGAUGGAGAUGAGCAAGAUCGUCGCAGUCAAAGCGCUCUCCAAACUGCCACUGGAAUCACAGGCGGGGAAUUCGGAUGAUGAGGAUUCUUCGCCCAUAUCGCCGCUGCCAUUGUAUCAGCAACGUGAUAAUUUUUAUAGUUAGAUCGUUGAGAGGUUAUGUACAUGGUGUCAUCAGUCACACUUCGAAUCAAACUGUAUUUGUGUUCACGUUUGGCCUAAACAUGAUGUAGUAGACGUAGUUAAUGUUAACAAACGAGAAAAUCAUUGCAAAUCAUAUCGUUGUAGUCAGAAAAUAUUCAUGUUUGGUGUAAGUGUGGUUAAACGGUUUGAAAAUGACAGAAAAGUUUUUUUUCAAAGUUUUUUGUUAAUAAUUCAAAAACUAAAAGAGAUAGAGUGAUAAUUUUUUCAGCAUUCUAUCCGGGAUGAAAUUUAACAUCUAUUUACAUUAAGACUUGAUUAAUAUUACAUUUAAAUAAUUAAUUAUUAGCAAAAUUAUUCAAUUUUUUAAUUCAUUUGAAAUUUUUUGAUUUUUCAUCAAUAAGUUCUGUUACAAAAACAAUUUCUAGUGUUUUUCUUGAUAAUUACACGUAGAAUUUAAUACACAACAGUUCUAUGAAAGAAUCAUACCUCUAUCACUUUGUAUACUUGAGUUAUUAACAAAAAACAAACAAAAAAAACAAUUUUAUAAAAUUUCAGACAGUUAAACUACACUUAAACCAAAUUAUCGACCAAAUAUGAAAGCAAGAUAUCACGUGAGUUGUUGAUCGGUCACAAACCAUCAGUUUGUGGACAAAAUGGCCGCCACCAAAGAAAAAAACAAUUAUCAUUAUCAGUAUUAGCACUGAGUGCCGGACAAUAAAAAUCGAACGUGUUCACCGUUCAUCAAACAUCAAUUCUAACUUAACGCUCACAAAAUAUUUUAAAUUUUAAGCAUUUUAACGACCCGAACACACUCAAUACACAUCAAUCGUAGCAGAUUAUCUCUAAUAUAAAAUAUCAUCGAUAUCAUAACCACAAGAGUUGCAAACAAACACAAAACACUGAUAUAAUCUAAUUAAUAUGCGAUUAAUCCUUAAAAGACUUAACUUUCGAGUAUAUAAACGUUAACGCUCACGUUAUGCAAUUAAACGUAAUUAGACAAUGUCAAUGAUAGUCAAUCCAAACCCUAACGCAAACAAUACUCAAUUAUUUACUAAACUAUCGAGACUACUAACGAAAUAUAUACAUAUAUACAUAAAUAAAUAAAUGAAUAUAAACGUUAUCGCAUUCUAUCAUUCUAUGAACAAAUGUAUGACACGUUGUUAGAUCGAUUUACAUUUGCAAUUAGCGCAAAUCGCAAUUAAACGCAAGACAAAACAAGACACAUUGUUUGUAGAGUUAGAUUUCAACGAAGACUUAUUCCUUCCUACAUGGCAAUAUGCAUAUUCACGAUCACAUGUGUGAUCUAUAUAUUAUUAUAUAAGUGAGGUUAUACACGCGCCCCGCACAUUUCGAGGUUAAUAGUUGAAUGGUUGAGGUUACAACACAAUUGUAAAUAUAAUUUUUGAUAUUCCAAGACACAGAAAUGACGAAAACUUCGUUCAAAUGUAAUUUAACUCAUUAAAUAUGAUAAUUUAUUGUUUUUUGUUUUUGGGUGAUUAAUGUUGAGCUCAUUAUCAGUAUUAUUCAUUUGAAUGUAUGUACCAGUGUACAAAUAUGUUAUACUUGUUGGGAUAUUACAUUAUUGUGAUUGAAACGAAAUAAAACUUGAUAAAUGAA